AAGACUUUUGCGCCACUACAACAUCUACUAUCAUCCCACGUGACUGAAUGUGUGGUGCGUUUUGAAUGAAUGAAUUAUAACCUGACGUCAUUAAUUGAUCAGAGCAGCUCAGUUGUGCGGGUCCGGCUCAUCACUGUGAAGCCCGCUGCCUCUCUGUCUACACACGCAGCGGCGUCCAGUGCGAUCCGCUGUCUGACUUCAUGUGUCUGUGAGUGACUGUGGAGAAGCUGAAAAGUGGCAGUGGACACUUACCGGGACCUUAAUUGGAUCAAGCACCGCAUUGGGUAAUUCAGACCUUAAUCGCCAAGAUGGCGCUGUUAGAUGAAGACGUUGCUUUCCACUCCAGCAUACCUGUUCCACUGGAUAUAACGGUGGCUGUGGUCUACUCCGUGUUUGGAGUGUGUUCACUGUUUGGCAACAGCACACUUUUGUACAUUUCCUACAAGAAAAAGCACCUUCUGAAACCCGCCGAGUACUUCAUCAUCAACCUCGCCGUCAGUGACUUGGGCCUGACUCUGUCCCUCUACCCCAUGGCGAUAACGUCGAGCUUCUACCACAGGUGGCUGUUUGGGAAAACGGUCUGCUCCAUAUACGCUUUUUGCGGCAUGUUGUUCGGCCUCUGCAGUCUGACCACUCUAACCCUGCUAAGCAUGGUGUGCUUCGUGAAAGUGUGUUAUCCGCUCUAUGGAAACAGGUUCAGCCCUGUUCACGGCCGUCUGCUCGUUGCCUGUGCUUGGCUUUAUGCCCUGUUGUUUGCCUGCUCCCCACUGGCCCACUGGGGGAAAUACGGACCGGAGCCUUAUGGCACUGCCUGUUGCAUUGACUGGCGCUUGUCCAAUCAGCACACCACAGCACGAUCUUACACCGUGGCACUAUUCAUCUUCUGCUACAUCCUCCCAUGCUGUGUUAUUGUAGCAUCCUACACAGGCAUUCUGGUCACAGUGCAGGCAUCUCGCAAGAAUAUGGAGCAGCACACAUCAAGGCAGACGCACAUGAGCAGCAUCCAGAUAAUUAUUGUUAAGCUAAGUGUUGCCGUCUGCAUCGGUUUCUUUGCGGCAUGGAGUCCAUACGCUGUGGUGUCAAUGUGGGCUGCCUUCGGACACAUUGAGAACAUCCCCCCUCUGGCAUUUGCGAUGCCAGCCAUGUUUGCCAAAUCCUCCACCAUCUACAACCCAAUCAUCUACCUGAUGCUGAGGCCGAACUUCCGCAGGGGGGUGUGCAGGGACCUGGGUACUCUACGCCACACCUGUCUGAAGGGCUGCCUCUGCUCCGACGGGCUGGCUAAGUGCUGCUGCAAGCCAGAGAUCAGGGUCAGACUUCGCACAAUCCACGGACAGACCAACCAAUUCCCUUUAUCCAACUCAUCUCCUCAACCUCCUAUGGUAGCAUUACAGAACCACAGCUGUGAGAAGUGCAAGGAUGCUUUCGAAUGCUUCAGACGCUACCCUCAAAUAUGCGGUGUCAAUAACCCUGCAGCCAAUGGAGACUCGUCUAAUCCAUCUAAGGAUCAAGACACUCUAGUUUCUCAAACACAUAAGCAAAAGACCCAAAGCAUGAGCCACAAAAGGUCUCUGCUGGCCACCAUGUGCGCAAAAAGAACUUCAGAAAUAGACAACUUCCAUAUUAAUUUAGAGAUGGUUCCAGGGCAGGCAAAAGUGGCUUGGCCCUGACAUUUUCUUUCCAUUUCUAUGUUUAUAGAAUAUCUCUGGACAUAUUUAGCAGGUUGUGUUCUGUGAGAUGUAAAACGACAGUACUUAAUCUAUUUUCAGGAAUUCAGGAAUGCACCAUAUGCUCCCUAAGCAUUUGGGCAGCAGCCAUGCAAUUUAUUUAUUUUUGUGCAGCCCACUGUGCUUUAUUUUGGUUAAUGUGACAGAACAGCUUUGAAGUUAAACACUGACAGCUAUAAUUUGAAUGGUAUUUUGUUUGCAACCUAGUUUGCAAGCCAUAAACAAUCUAAUUAAGUUGCUAUUGUAAUAUAUGCACUUAAUGUAUCUCUGAAACGUUAUUUGUGGCUUGGCAUUGAGCAGCGUAUUGCUUUUUGAGUCGAACAAUCCUCUAAAUCAUUGUGCCAGGGCUACGUAACUUAAGACAGACAGGUCUGGGAGUUUUCCAACUAUUCCCUUCCAAAUCAAAGUUGUCAGUGCCAGUGCUUAAGCCCUUGUUCACAUUUAUAAAAGGUCUGUAAGUAUUCAAUCCAAUUGGUGGAGUUUAAGGUGUUGCAGCAACUAAUGUUCUGUUUAAAUCAAAUGUGUCCUAACUUAAACCUUCCUUGAAGCACUGCUGGCAGCAUCAUAUGCCUGAAAAUGUAUACAUUUAUCUAUAACCUUAACACAGUUCUAUUUCAGGAGGCCUCCCCAUUUUACUUUAAGAACACAAGAAAAACAUUAAUUUAACUUAACAAAUUCUCAUAUUCUUAAUUAGGACUGUGUAGAUGUUGUUUGCAGGAAUCAUGUUAUCCUAAAUGUGAAUAAAUCAAACCUGUUUUAAUUUUGUAAAAAAAAAAACAAAAACAGAAAAAAAGUAUUAUAAAAAAAAGAGUAAUGUUUCAGCUGUUAAAACAGCAAUUAAAGUUGGCCCCUCCUUCUCGGCUUCAUGGGCGAGACAGAGAGAAAGAGCAGCGGUGGUUCAAGAGCUAGAGAGGGAGCAAUGAUUAGUGGGAACAAGGUGUGAAUCAACAUGGACACAUCCCUGCACAACCCUCCAGAUUUUGUAUGAUUUCAUCCAAUCUACUGUGUGUGUGUGUGUGUGUGUGUGUGUGUGUGUCCAGAGCUCAGCCCCACCCCCUGUCAAACAGAAACACAGACUGCAGCUCUUCAUGAUGGACCAAGAACUGAAAAAGGAGGAGGGGCAGCUAUGUGACCCUGUGUUUAUUCCGUCCCAACCUCACACUGUUAUUGGCUGGGGGCUACAUGCCUCUGCCCAAAAGUUGACACAAAGAAAACAUCCUGAACACGGCAAAAUAUUAAUCAGAAAGAGCAGGCAGAAGGCAGGGUCUCCUCAGAGAUACACAGUCACAUAGCUCUAGUAGCUUGUAAGUGAUUACUGAGAGAAAAACUUUUUUUUUAUGAGUCUUUAAUUUGUUUUUAUGGGAUCUCCUGCAUAUCAUGCCUUUAAAGCUGGCAUUCUGCACUUUCAACAUAUGUUUUUGUUAUUAUUAUCGUUGUUUUUUACUUAGUAAAACCUGAGUUCAGCCUCAGGGAAUCACACUGGCUGGGAACAAAAUAUGAUAGUCACUGAUGUACAUAUUUUGGUUUCAAUAUUACAAUGGCCUACAGGUAAGUUUACUUGAGAGCUGAGCACCACCUCCUUUCUAAAACUGGUAACAAUUCCUUUACUAUGCCAGCCCAAGUAUUGUUUACACUUGACAAUUGCAGGUAUAUCACUCAUGGUGCUUUUUCAGUCAUCUAACUACACACUGUACAGUAUAGCACACAACACUGUUGCAUAAUGCCAUUAUCAUGGCAUUGCACACUAGGUCUAUCUAAACACGUGAGAACUUUGAGUCCUUCUUUAUGAAGUGUACAGUGAAAAUGUGGUAUUUCUUGUCUUCACUGCCCAAAACAUGGUACAGAUUUAUUAACAGGGGGAAAGAGAAGAAAGCUAGAUAAAAACAAACCCAAAUAAUGCAGCUGUAUAUAAAUGCAUUAGUGGAUCACAUCCAUGCUGUUUGUAUCUGUUGUUGUAACUGUGCCUACUGUGUAAAGUAAACAUGACUUGAAUGGGA